GUAUCAAACUGAGUGUUGGUGCACUUUGUCAGUUGUUAGUUGUUAAUGGCGUAUUUACUGUGUUAAAUAAAAAAAUUAAGUAAUAAUUGAUUAUUUCAGGUAUAGGGAUUAUAAAUUAGGUAGAUACCAGUAAAAUACCUUUUGAAUAAUACAAUAAAUUAUAUAAUUAGGUGAGUUAUCCGAGUGUAAUACAGAAAAUAACCACUUCAAUAUUCUAAACAAUUUUCAUUUGUCUCAUUGGAAGAUGCAAAUCAUUCAGAAGAAUUAUUACUUGAAAAUAGAUUAAAGAUAUAUAUAUCUUGCUAACAAAGAAAAUUAUGGCUAGAAAUUUGAAUAAAUCAAGAUAUUCAGUUAAUGUCUCAAAAUUAACAGUGCAAAAGAAUCCCGUUUUUAAAAGGCUUAAUAAGGAUUGUCCCAAUUGGUUAUAUGGAUGUAAUAUACAUUUAAAAAAAGAGUCCCUGGAGGCCCACUUAGCAGAAUGUCCAUUCAAAGAAUUUGUGUGUCCUACAAACACUAUUUUGAAUGGAUGUUCAUGGAAAGGAAAUGUCAGAGAAGUGGAGGAGCACUUCGAUCUUUGUCACCGAGAAUUUCGUCUAACGCAAGUUAACAAAGAGAACAAUCUAUACGUUCAAGUAAAUUAUCGCAUAAUGCAAUUGAUUACUAAAAAUUCCUGCAACUUUUUGCUGUACAUUAAUGUAUUACAAAGUAGCAACCAGAUUCAAAUAUCAGUUCAGAUGCUAGGAACGAAGGAGAGCGCAUCUAAAUGGACAUUUAAAUUUCGAAUCUACGGGAAAAAUGAAGAUUCAAGAAGAUUUGUUGAUUAUAUAGACACUUGUUAUUCUAUUACUGAUAAACUUGAUUACCAGUGUCUUCAAAAUAAAGCAACAAUAAUAAGCUUAGAUUAUGCUAAGACAUUUGCUAACAAGGAUGUAGUUCCGUACAUAUUGUACUUGAACAGAGAGAAUGUGGGUGAUAAGAAGAAAUUGCUACUCAAUAAAAGUUUAUCAGGAACAUCAAGACCCCAGAGUCAUGCAUAGAAGAUUA